AUGGCUCGCGCAGCUGAGCUCGCCCGCGAGGAGGGACGGGACAUUGGUGAGGCUGAGCAAGGGGACGGCCGCUACGACGACACCGACGCCACGCUCUUGGACUCCGAGGACGCAGCGGCCAUCAUGUCAGGUGACGAUGUGUCGCUUUGGAACGCGCAAGCAAACGCCUGGGACACUUUUGACAACGACGACGACGGCAGCCGUAGGCCGAAUAAGAGUACCGCCUCCUUUAGCCUGUAA